CGUUCUUUUCAUGUUUAUAUAAAAUUUGGCUACCCAUUUUCAAGUAUACUUAUUUUUUGCUUUCGAAGCUAGUUUAAUCUUUGAUGCUUGGUAGAAAGAACCCUCAUGGUUAUUAUUAUUAUUAUUAUUAAUUUAUGUUUGCUACUAUUUUGAAAUUAGUUAUUAUGCAUUUGCAAUAUACCUAAAUUUAGUUUCUGUGACUAUUCAUGUGGCUAUUCUUUGAUCGUUUAUUGUUCUUCAAUUGUUGUAUGCUUGAUGAGAUAGCAGCUUUAGAAUAAGCUUUGUAGGUAGCUUCUUUGAACUCCACCGUCCCUGAUUGAGGAAUGUAGCAAAACUAUAUUCUGUUCUUAUGUGUUGGUUUUCUCGUUUGGGGAUAUUGGCUUCCUGUAUUGGGUGGCUGAUGCAAGCAGAUGCAAGAGGUUGCUGGGGAGCGUGGAGGUUACCUCCAUGGGCGAGGCGGUACUGCUCUUUUUCUCUUGCUUUGUGUGUUUUUGUGUUGCUUUGCUUGUGCUCCUUCACCACAUGCUUUUAUCUGCUGUUUUUAUAUUACCUUUAGAUUCUUUGUUCCCUUUUUAAAGUUUACAUAUGCAGCCUUGGAUAGUGAUGACCUACUCUAUCUCAAGGAACAAAUGGAAGCUGAGGAGGAUGCAGAACGCCUCCUGCGUCGCACUGAAAAACGAGCAUUUGCUGCUUUCAAGAGAGCUGCAAGUUUAGCAGAUUCUUCACCUGCAGUAGUACCCUUGUCAUUUCGUGUGGAGCCAAAGCCAAAGAGUGGUAUCAGGCAGCAAGAUCUGCUGAAGAAAGUUGUUGAGAUUAAACCUAAGCGGCCAAGGUCUGACAGCAAUCAGUCAACCGCAGCUCCUAAUAAUGUUCCUGAUUCAAAUCGUAAGUCUGAUCAUGAUCCUUUAAAAGAGAAGGAGCAGUCUUCGUCAGGACCAAAGAAUGUUGAGGUGCAAUCUUUGUGUGGUUCAAAGAAAGUAGAGGAACAUCCUUCAUCAGCCUCACACGAAUCAGAAGCAGAAGCAGAAGCUAAGCCUAAGAAUGAUGUCUCUGCUGGGGGAUUACUUGGCUUGGCAUAUGCUAGUUCUGAUGAUGAGGAAUGAUUGAUAAUAGACGUUUGAAGGCUUUGUAGUUUUAGUACAGAAUGCUUUAUUUGUUUACAGAAUAGUAUUAAAAUGUAGUCAAGAUGGCAUGAAAAGUCAUGUAUGAAGCAUUAGUAUGAAGGCUGAAAAAGAAGAAAAUGAAGUUUUUUUGUUCAUUACUAUACAACUAGAUCAAAUAUACAAUUUUGUAUGCAUUCAUUGAAUCUUAAUUUGCCUGUUUUGUGUAUCUCAACAUACCUUUGAAGUAUGAUGCAGUGUAAAUUGCAU